AUGGAGGAUAAAGAGUCUGUUGAAUCUUCAGAUUCUUGUACUUAUGCGGAAAUCAGAACGAGGAUUCCUGAUACAAUAUCAUGGGACUACAAUUUUGAACCUGCUGGAAGCACUCCUCUCAGUUUCACUGUGAAGUCUCGUUCCUCAACUGGUGAUCUAAUUAUCACAAUAUCAUUUGUUCAAUUGGUAGUCUGCGGCUCUAAAGGAAGCCAGCCAUUGAUGACCUUGAGGGGCCAGUAUCAAGUAUUUUAUCUAAUCCGACAGCCUACACCACCAUCGGUUACCUUUAGAGGUGAAGGCCAUGGUGACUUACAGAUAGACUUUAUGUGUCACGCAAACACCGAUCUUCUGGUUGUAUUUCAUUGUGAUCGUCAAGUCUCUCACAGGUAUAAAUACAAAUUUCUCCGUGCUACAACCUCAAACAUACCCAGCAGUGUCAUCCAGGAUAAUCGAGGAAGUAAGCUGACCAUUGGUAGAGGGGGAAUGCUCAAAGUUCAGCAUCUGGUCUCAGUUGCAAAACCAGCAAUACCACAUCCGCAUGUUGAUUCUUCUGGCUAUCAGCAACCCAGCCGUAUUGCUUAUAUUGAAUUCUUUGUCAAGCCAGAGGUAGAUGACGAUGACAAUGCAAAUGAUAUAUAGAAGGCAAAUGCUACAAGCCGUAUUGCUUAGUUGUAAAGUGUUCAUAUAGGGGAGAUUGGCUGCUUGAUUAAACUUUGCCAUUAAC